AUGGCGCAGGGAAACCGUGUACCUGGUAGUGAUCUAAGCAGUGAACAUGACAUCUUCUUCGAGGUUGACUGGGACGUCAUGGAAAUCUCAUCUGCCUUCACUGGUGCGCAUGCCGAUCAAACUACUCAACUACUACGCCACAAAGCCACAAGCCCUCAACUCCACUUCAGAGAUACAUCUUGCAAUCGAGAAGCGGAUGAGGCAGUACCAACCAGGGCCACAGUCAUCUUAGGAUCUCCAGCUCGCAUAGUCUGUCGCACCUCCCAGGUGCCUACUCGAGAGAACAAUUUGGCGAAAGGAAGACACAUUAUUAGCUUAAACUGGUUGCAAGACUAUCACAACAAAGAUCUGCGGAGUAUAGUCACCUGCUUAGGCAUACAGUUGAGCUUAACAGGUCUGGAGUAUCGCGUUCGCUACACCAACCAAACUUUGCCAAUCCAGGAGAUCUUGGCUUUAGUUGCUCAUCUUCGGCGACCUCUUAGCUCAAUCAUCGAUUCAGUUAACAAGGAUUCACGCGGCGAGCUUGAGUUGCUUGGUAGGGCUGGGACCGAGUCUGUGGAAGUUUCAUGGAAGGACGAUUAUAUCGAAUAUGCGCUGCGCGUCAAAAACUUUGCUUUAGAAGAAAUUAUCGCGCAUCCUCUUCAACUCUCGCUGCUCUAA